CGGUGUCGCGGUGGCGGCGGCGGGGCCGCGCGCGCCCGGGAUGGACAUCGGGCCCCACGCGGGGCACGCGGAGAGCCGGAAAGAGCACUGGAAGCUCCUUGGCAACUUGAAGACCACAGUGGAAGGUUUGGUGUCCAUCAGCAACCCAAAUGUCUGGUCCAAGUAUGGUGGCUUGGAACGGCUCUGCAGAGACAUGCACAGCAUCCUCUACCAUGGGCUCAUCCAUGACAAGGUGUGCUGCAGACAGAAGGAUUACUGGCACUUUGUGAAGGACAUCCGCUGGCUGAGCCCGGGCUCUGCGCAUCACCUGGAGAAGUUCAUCAGCCUGCAGGAGAGUGGCCAGCGUGACCCCGAGGGCCCAGGGGACCAGGCCAUUGCCCAGCUGUGGCUGCAGCACAGCCUGCAGUGCCACUGCCUGUCAGCUCAGCUCAGGCCGCUCCUGGGGAACCGGCAGUACAUUAGGAAGUUCUACACAGAUACUGCCUUCCUGCUCAGUGACGCCCACGUCACGGCCAUGCUGCAGUGCCUGGAAGCUGUUGAGCAGAACAACCCCAGGCUUCUGGCUCAGAUCGACACCUCCAUGCUGGCUGGCACGUCACUGCCAUCCCUGUGCGCGUCAGAGCCUUCUGCUGGGACAAGGGACAUGUGUGAGCACAGUGCUGAGGGACACCAGAGCCGUCUGCCGGGAGCGCUGGGCUGCCUGGAUCAUUUCACUGAGAGCCUGCUUACCAGGAAAAGUGACAAUCCAUCUCCAUCUCCAAUGACCAAGAGUCAGAGCCUGACUGCCCUCCCUGCAUCCCCGUGCGUCCCUGCUGCCCCCUGCGCUCAGCAGCGCUGCUUUGGGUCCUUCUCCAGCCUCCAGCAUCCAGCCUCCUCUGGCCUCUCAGACAGGAGACCAGUGAGUUCCUGUGGCAGCUCCAACUCCACCCAGCCCCAGGAGCGCUGCCCGUCCACCCGCUCCUCCUCCUUCAGCGAGGGCAGGUCCCCUCUGGAGCAGCCCAGCUCUGCCACCCGCUUCCACGUCCCCUCACACAAAGACCCCUUCUCUCCAGCCAGCGAGAUGAGCUCCAGCACCACCAGCCAGAGUGAGGAUACUUGGACAGGGAGUCAGGAUGAUCCACAGAGUGACGUCAAUGACGGGCCAGAGUACCUGGCCAUUGGGAACCUGGGCCGCCGGGGCCGGGCGUGCAGCAGCAGCAGCAGCACCAAGAGCAGCAGCAGCUCUAAACUCUUCUCCUCCAGCAGCUCCCAGAAGCUGGACUCAGUCUCGUCCCUGGGGGAGCAGGGGGCAAGCGGAGGGGGCAGCAGGGGCCUGAGCCUCUUGCGCCGGUCCAGCUUCUCGGAGGGACAGUCCUCAGCUCCACAGGGCAUCCUCAAGAAGAGCCACGUGCGCUCGCACUCUGACACCAACGUGACUUCUGGGAAGUUGCACGGAGGCCUCAGGGAUAUCACCAUUAUAAUAGAAGAUCCAGUGGCAGAGUCCCACGGUGAUCCCAGUGGAGGGAGAGGGCCGGUCUGUGCUUCCACGCAGAGCAGUGAACUGAGCACACCCAGCUCCCUCUACAUGGAGUAUGACUCUGGGCAGUACCUGAGCUCGGGGGAAGGGAUGUUCAGGAGACCUUCUGAAGGGCAGUCCCUCAUCAGCUACCUCUCUGAGCAGGACUUUGGCAGCUGUGCAGACCUGGAGAAGGAGAACGCCCACUUCAGCAUCUCAGAGUCCCUGAUCGCUGCCAUUGAGCUGAUGAAAUGCAACAUGAUGAGCCGGCAGCUGGAGGAGGAGGAGGAAGACAGUGACAAGGAGAUCCAGGAGCUUAAACAAAAGAUUCGCAUUCGGCGCCAGCAGAUCCGCACCAGGCACCUGUUCCCUGCCUGCCAGGAGCUGGGCUCAGACAGUCUCAUGGCAACAGACAGUGGGUCCCAGUUCAGCUCCCACGGCUCCAUGCGCCUCUCUGACUCUGGCUCUGCCGAGGAUGUGGAAGAGUAUGAGAUCCGAGAUGGUAACGAUGGAUCUAACCUGAUUCAAAUGUCCAAGAACGGCCUCUCAGUGUCAAUGGCUUCCUUGUUCUCAGAUGCAGACAUCAAGAGGAACCCAGACUCCAGCAGGAAGUCCUUUCUCUCCUCAGACUCCAUAUCCCACUCCUUCCUCAAUUCAAACUCGGCAGAGGCGGUGGCCAUGGGCUUGCUGAAGCAGUUUGAGGGCAUGCAGCUCCCAGCUGCCUCUGAAUUGGAGUGGCUGGUCCCUGAGCAUGAUGCCCCACAGAAGCUGCUGCCCAUCCCUGACUCUCUGCCUAUCUCUCCUGACGAUGGAGAGCACGCUGACAUCUACAAGCUGAGGAUUCGGGUGCGCGGAAACCUGGAGUGGGCCCCGCCACGGCCGCAGAUCAUCUUCAAUGUUCACCUGGCCCCAGCGAGAAAGGUGGCUGUGGCCAAGCAGAAUUACCGGUGUGCAGGCUGUGGCAUCCGGACUGACCCUGAUUACAUCAAGCGGCUGCGGUACUGCGAGUACCUGGGCAAGUACUUCUGCCAGUGCUGCCACGAGAACGCCCAGACCGUCAUCCCCAGCCGCAUCCUGCGCAAGUGGGACUUCAGCAAGUACUACGUGAGCAACUUCUCCAAAGACCUGCUGAGUAAGAUCUGGAGUGACCCACUCUUCAACGUGCAAGCUAUCAACCCUGCCCUGUACCAGAAAGUGAAGGCUCUCAACCAAGUGAGGCUGCUGCGAAUCCAGCUUUUCCACAUGAAGAACAUGUUCAAGACGUGCCGGCUGGCUAAAGACCUCCUGGACUCCUUUGACACAGUGCCUGGCCACUUGACAGAGGAUUUGCACCUCUACUCGCUGAGUGACUUCAGUGCCAUCAAGAAAGGGGACCUGAUGCCUUGCCUGACAGAGCUCCUGAAGGCAGGCAGCCUGCACAUUGACAAGUGCAUGCUGUGCCAAGCCAAAGGCUUCAUCUGUGAGUUCUGCCAGAAUGAGGACGAUAUCAUCUUUCCCUUUGAGCUCAACAAAUGCAAGACAUGUGAAGAGUGCAAGGCCUGCUACCACAAGUCCUGCUUCAAGAGCAGCCGCUGCCCGCGGUGCGAGCGGCUCCAGGCGCGCAGGGAGCGGCUGGACAGGCAGCGCACGGAGCCCGACAGCUCGGACUGCGAGGGGGAGCUGCAGCUGCCACAGCCAGGGCCUGCCACGUGAGCACGAGCAGCCAAGGAGCAGAUCAUGGCUUUGUUAUGUGCAUGGCCUUCAUCACAGAGACUGAGCCACACGGACUGGGGAUGAGGACUGCUGGGAGGCCUGGAGCACUGUCCUGAAGGGAUUUCUUUUCACAGUUCUGCUGGGCUGGGAAAGGAGCAUAUUCCACCGUGUGGAUCUGCUCCAGGUACUGCUCCCACUCCCUGAUGCCUUUGCUUGGAGAGCUGCUCCUGCCUGUCCUGCAGGCAGAACAGGGACCUUUACCUAGCAGUUGUUCAUGCUGGACCCAGCAGGGCUGUGCUGUCCAUCCCUGUGGGUCCCCUGAAGGGUCAGCACUCACUGCUCAUCAGCUGUACACUGGGAAGCUCUGGUCACAUCUGCUCCUUGGAGGAGGGAAUCAGGUCUCAGUCCUGUGAUCCUCCAUUCUGCUGCUGGGGGUUGUGUGCAUGGAGGGAGGGUGGGGUUUGGGGUUGGUUGUGUAUUUAACAGCUCCCUUUCUCAAAUGUGCUGUGGGACACUGCUGGAGAGCAGUUGCUCUCACUCCAGAAUCAGAGCAGAGGACGUGGCAAUGAUGAAAAUGCCAGAUUUCUCUGUGCUGCAGAGGGACAUUGCCCCUGGAGCAGCUGCACAAGUGGAUGUGCUGAUGGACUUUUGGCAGGCAGAUCCCCAUGGCUCCAUAGAAAUCUGCCUCCAUGGGACAUGGUGAGGCUUCUGACCCUACUUCCUCCUCAUGCUGCCAGUUUGUCCUACCAGGGAGAUACGUCCUCCUUUAAGGAUGACAUGGGACCUCACUCUGGUGGCACCAGAACCUGCCUUGUGUGGAGCUGCCUCUCUGCCUUUGACCUGUCAGGAUGCAGGUGAAGGCUCAUCCCUCCAGCUGCAUCCCCAAGCCUCUGUUUAGCUGUGUGUUUUUCUUUUUUUAAUCUGCUGGACUUGGUUUUAUUUUUUUAAUGUGAUUGUUUGUAUUUUUAACUCUGUGUUCCCCUCAAGGAGGUGCUGCUUGAAAUGCCUUCUUAGAGGGCAUGUGAUCUGCUUGGGACU